UUGAAACACCCCUCCCCCCCUAGUCAUCUGCAACAGAAAAAUGGUUCACGAAAAAGCUGAACCCAUGCAAGAAGAAAGUUUGCAUAAAGGGCCUUGGCAUGAGGAGGAAGAUGAGAGAUUAAUAACCUUUGUGAAACUUUUGGGAAGCCGGAGAUGGGAUUAUGUAGCUAGAGUUUCUGGUCUAAAGAGAAGUGGCAAGAGUUGCAGGUUGAGGUGGCUGAACUAUCUGCGACCCAAUUUAAAGCAUGGCCAUAUCAGUGCUGAUGAAGAAAAGAUCAUACUACAACUUCACAAGCGAUGGGGCAACAAAUGGUCAAUGAUUGCACGAAGGUUGCCAGGAAGAACUGAUAAUGAGAUCAAGAACUACUGGAGAACUUAUUUAAGAAAGAAAGCACUAAUUCAAGAGCAAGAAAAUUUUCAAUUAGGAAGAGACAAUGGCAAACAACUUUCCUUGUUUCAAGAAGAUGGUAGCAGCGCCCAAACUUACAAUGGUGAAAGCUACAAACCUUGUGAGGAUAUUUUGGAAGCUGGAAACGUUUCUUAUGAUGCUGUUGCGCUGUCAGAUUACACUCUUACAAGUUCACCAUAUCAAACCAGGUUAUCAGAUUGGAUAUCAGAGUUUCCAAGUGAUCAAAGUGAAAUAAAAUCUCAGGAAGACUCUAAUAGUACGGAUUCAUGCAACUGUUAUCCAGCAUGGAUUUCCCAGGAGAAUGAUUUAUGGGGAUGUUCAGGCUCCCUCUGGAACAUGGAUUAAAAUGUCACUGUUAAAAAGUGAAUAUGAAGAAGCUAUCAGAAUGUGAAACAUAAACAUUUUGCAUCACAUUAAUGCAUAACCAUAAAUGUACUUUUAUAUUUUUAUGUAUAUUUACUGUUUUUAAGGACUGAUUUCAGCAACCUCUCCUUUAUGUAUAGAUUCAAAGACCCUUUCUCUGUUAAAUGCCUUUCUAUUUGCUUUGGUAAAAGUAUUUCUUAGUUAAGGAAU